AUGAGCGGUCGAAAGGCCGAAGAGGAGGAUGCUGACGACGAAGAGGCUGAUGAGAUCAACGCGGACCAAGUGUCAAGGCGCGAAGGUGCAAUGUGUGUGUGUGUGUGGUUCCCAGUGCCGUCCAAUCCUGUGGUUGCCUCGCCUUUUCGAUACGCGUUGCACGAUAGCGUCGUGAUCGAGAGUCAGCGACGCAUUCUGCACGUCACCGUUCUGCUGUUCUGCCUCGACCGCAACUGCAAGCUUGAACCUCCAUCGAUCUCACAACGAGCGCAUGACGACUUUCCAGACCUCGCAUCAGCAUCGUGGCCAUCUGCGUGUGAUCCAUCCAUGAACUCAGCUGCGGCACACUCGGCCAAGCUCAUCGCAGAGUUUGAAAAGCUGCAACAAGACCGGCAACAGGUCGUCUCCGAAUACCCCUCUCAGCAUCCGUUCGGCGCAUCAGAGCCAGGUCCCUUUGGCGGCGGCAGUGAAGGCGCAACAAUCGACCGCCAAGACCAUCACAGCACCUCGAGCCGCACUGCCAAUCGCGACGACGCUUUCGCUGCGGACAACGAGAUGAGCAACUUUGCAGACUGGGACUCUGGCUAUGCAGGGGCUGACACAGCCGAGAUCGCACAGUAUGGCGCCGCCGAAGCGGGUCCAUCGACGAGCCGGCAUCCUCGCGCCCUCACGCAGUACGACUACCCGGGAGGAUGGGGCGCUCAAACGUUCAACGGCGUAGGUGGGCUCACCCAGGAUAGCGCAUCUCGUGUCGCUACGUUGCAAGCCAAGCUCAACCAACGGCUCGGUCCCGAAUACCUCUCACAGCGACCCGGUCCAGGCGGAGGCAAGAAGCUCACCUACAUCGAAGGCUGGAAGCUCGUCGAUCUCGCCAACGAAGUGUUUGGCUUCAACGGAUGGUCCACCACCAUCGUUCGCCUCGACGUCGACUUUCUCGACUGCUCUCCGGACGGAACGCGCUUCAACGCCGGCGUCAGCUGCGUCGUGCGAGUGACGUUGCGCGACGGUGCAUUCCACGAGGAUAUUGGCUAUGGCAGUGCUGAGAAUGCCAGGCAGAAGCACGCAGCGCUCGAAAAGGGCAAGAAGGAGGCGGUGACGGAUGCAACGAAGCGAGCGCUCAAGAACUUUGGAAAGCUGCUCGGCAACUGCACCUACGAUCAUCAGUACUCGGCCAAUGCGCUCAAGGUGAGCAAUCCGCCGCCCAAGUUUGAUGCUUCGGAAUUGCAUCGCAGGCCCGAGCUGCGACCUCCUCCAACGGCAGCGCCACAACCACCGCCGUCGGCACCAGCGCCAGCUCGAAUGAAUCCUCCGCAGCCGCAGCCACAGCCACAGCCACAGCUGCAGCCGGGCAGGUCCACGAAUCCGCCGGUACCGCAACCUGCACCAAGGGCGGCAGCCGUAGCGGCGAACGGACAUGAUGCCAAUACGGCACAGGAGUCAGGACGAAGGGGUACAAACGUGGCACCUCCGCAACAGCCCAUCACAACGAAUGCCAGCAACAGCACCACGAAGAGCGGCAACGACACCAACGCAUCCAAGGACGAGAUCCUAGAGCGUCAGCAACGGUCCAUGCUCGCUCGGCAGGCAUUUCUGGAGCGCCAGCAAGCCGAGACUCGCAAAGCUGGACCCACAGAAUCGCACCAGAUCGUGACGAACGCCAACGGCGGUGGGCAACGAGCGACGACAGCAGCCGCUGAAGUAGAGUUCGGAUCCGACUCGUUCGACGACGGCUUGAACGACGUGCUGGCAGGAUACGACGAGACGUCGAUGGGCGAUGCUGAAGCGGCAUCGCGAGCGCUCGAGAUGGAGAUCGACGAGGCUCAGCGUCCGCACCACCCUGCCGAGCUUGAGGAUGUGGAAGAUACGAGCGGCAGCGUCUUGCAUCCGAACUACGGUGGUGCGGACGACAGCGGGGUUGCUUUCGCCGACGGGUCCAACGCGAUGCAGAUCAAGCAGGAAAAGGUCAAGACGCACGAGGUGCGACGCUCUACAAGUCCGGUCAAGCAGGUCAAGAUGGAAGCGACGCGGGCGCCUCGUCGAGCAGGCAGCGUGGGUCGGUUCGUCUCGCCUCCGCCGCAGGUAGUCGCCGCUGGAGCGUCAGCAGCACCUUCGAGGGGUGUGUUCAAGGCGGGUGCGACGCUGGCACCAGGCUCGGGGGCGUAUACGAGCGGCGCUAAUUUGAUGCGGAACGGAACGUCGUCGCUGUCGGCUGCGUCGACGGGAGCGAGUGCAUCGCGAACUGCGGGGAUGAAUGCACCUUCUCGACGCAUGCAUUCGACUACGUUGGAUGGCAUGGGCGGAGUCGAGGGGGCAGCGGGGAGUGUCGCCACAGCAGGGCGGGCCACCGGCGAACCUACGAAUCAUGGGUACGUGUCAGGUGAUUCGCUGAGAGGCAUCAAGAGGCCCAAUGAGUUCACUGCCGGUGCCAUCGCCGGUGUCACCGAACUGCUCUGCCUCUACCCUCUCGAUGUGGUCAAGACACGUAUGCAGUUGCAAGGCAAGGCCGUCGCAGGCGCUGCCGCUGGAGAGCACUACAACGGCAUGAUGGAUGCUUUCCGUAAAAUCAUUGCUAGCGAAGGUGCGGGUCGAUUGUACCGCGGUCUCGUACCACCUCUGAUGCUCGAGGCGCCUAAACGAGCGGUCAAGUUCGCAGCGAACGACUUCUGGGGUAAAACAUACCGCUCGCUCACGGGUCAGGAAAAGAUGACGCAAUCGCUCUCCGUCCUCACCGGCUGCUCCGCCGGUGCCACCGAAUCCAUCGUCGUCGUACCCUUCGAACUCGUCAAAAUCCGUCUGCAAGACAAAGCCCAAGCUCACCUCUACACGGGACCCAUGGAUGUCGUCUCCAAGAUCGUCAAAGCCGACGGUCUGUUGGGACUGUACGCCGGACUCGAAUCUACCUUCUGGCGUCACGUUUUGUGGAACGGAGGCUACUUUUCCGUCAUCUUUGCCCUCCGAGCUCAAAUGCCCAAGGCGGAAACCAAAACCCAGCAGCUGCGGAACGAUUUCCUCUGCGGUGCCGUAGGUGGCGCUGUAGGUACCGUCUUCAAUACCCCCGCCGAUGUCGUCAAGAGCCGAAUUCAGAAUACUCCGAACGUCAAGGGUGUUCCGAGAAAAUACAACUGGACGUUCCCGAGCAUGGCGAUGAUCGCCAAGGAGGAGGGAUUCGGCUUAUCUUUCAUUUACCGCACGCAAUUCCACCCUCCAGCAAAACCCCCCGCAAUAGGAGACCCUGUUCUUUCCCCCCUCCGUUACUACCCGAAGCUCGUGUACCGCUAUCUCAAGCGCUUCUUUUUUUUUGAUAGGUUCAGUCAAAGAUCGAGAAUGGACCAUAUCGCGUCACUCACCAUCUUGGGCAGCUAA